AUGGAAAAUACUAACAAGAGAACCCUGACAUUGUUAUCUUCUUUUCAAAUUACGAUUUCCGUCUUAUUUUUCAUUCUGGGAUUAGUGGACGGACUUGAAAUCCGCUAUAGAUGUGUUAGCCUCGUGUUUUCGCCAUGUUGGAUUAUUCCUCUGGUAAGUUAGUGCUUCUGAUUCUUCUCCGUUCUUACACUUGUCAAUGACUUAACUCUUUGUAAGAUUAUAUUUCGUCAUGGAUAAAGGUGUUACUGCUCGAAUGAUAGUACAAGAGAAGAGAAAACCUUCUGAACUUUUUGCCGUGGGAUCUUGACGCUUAUUUUUAUGUGUAUGUUAAUUCAUUAGGAGUGGUCGUCUCGCUUUCACAGUGAUAUUAGAGUCCGAGCAUCCGCAGUAACUGUGACAGGGACAAACGACAGAACUUUGCGAAAGUUCAUAGUUGUUAUUCACUGUUCAAAAUAUGAAAAUAAUAUGCUGUUAAAUUACAAAUCACUUUGAAAGUGCACUUAAAAAGUUCUAAGUUUUUCACUGCCAAUGUCUCGAUGGAUAGUGUUGGCCCAUCUGUCAAUAUCAGGGCGGCGGUGUAAUGCGGAGUAGGACUGGCACGAGCGCUUUGCCGAGCUUCCGGAAGCUUCCGGUGCACCUGAUGGCCGGCGAAAUUUUCUUUUUUGCAAACCGGAAAUCUAAUUCUAUUUCUGUAAUUUCAGGCUACAUUGUUAAAUACAUAAAUUUGUUUCAUAACGGUAUUAAUAAACAGUUUCAUAUGUUUAUGUCUGUAGGCCCCACAAGUCAAACUUGUUGGUCUUAUAAUGCCAAAAUUUGAGUUUAAUUUGAAAGUGUUGAAUGCCCCUCCUUCCACUAAAUAUCACCUAAUCGUCUUUCGCCGUUUGCAAAAGCUUAACACUUCUUAACUUUAAUUUUUACAUAUGUCAAAGGGGGAAAAAUUUUAUAUAGCAUAACAAAAAAUUAGCUCGAUACAUUUGGAUAUAGUGGCGUUGUACUACUACAAACUUUGUUUCUCGGGUGCAACGCGCCAUGGCGAUUCGCACAAUGCGUCGCAAAUCCGGCAACCGCAUGAGAACAAAAUUUAUUGAAAGUUAAUUGUAAGUUUUUUUCGGUUUUCUCUCGAAAACAAAAAAGUAAACAGUAAAACCUGAGGAGAAACUUAUUUUGAAGUUCCGAAGAAACAGAAAGACGUAUGAAGUUUUGUCAAAAUAUAGGGAAGCGUGAUGUUGAUUUCAAUCAAUCAAGCAUAAUUAACCUUGCACGAGUUGUACGAAUUUAUAAAAUACACGUCAUGUAGUUAUGAAACGCCAUCUGCUGUCUUUUAAUACUUUUGCCAUGGAUGUGGUUUUGCUUCGUGUUUUAGACAGUUUUUAGUUUCUUUAGGAAGGCCGGUCAUGGAAGAAACCAGAGAAGCCAUUUUAAUCAGCAACUCAUAAUUUGAUCCCAGUCCACUGCAUCACACCUUUUUGCUCGGACGUGCUCGUUUCACCGCCCAACCUUUAUCCUCCCUGGUCAAUAUUAUACUUCCCCGCUUUGCGAUAAGUGUUUUUAGCGAAAAGCCGGAAGCUUGUUUAUGUCGGAGAAAAUACAACGAUGGUUACAUUAACUAGUUAUUUUAUACAGCCUUGCCCAUGUCAGUUUCCACUUAAUUGUAAACGGAAUUCGCACCAAAUACAACAAGAAACAUCUCAGAAGUUUGACCGACGCCGUUAUUAUUUGGAUUAUUCCACAAAAUUUCAGCAAUUCCGUUCGUUCGUGAAGUAUUACACCUUGUUACUUGACGUAUCGUACGAGCAGAGUCCGCUAGUAGGCGUGUUUGCGCAUACUAACUUCUCCAAUAUGAAGGAUGCGAACGACUCCGCACAGAUAUAGAUAGUACUAAAAGCAACCAUGAUGCCUGAAAGAAACCUCUACUCGAAGGGUAUACACGAUGACAAUGGCAAUAAGAACGUGCAAGUGAAAACACUUUUUUUCGUUACCGUCUACAACGAAAAACUUUCUAAUGUGACGUUUUAUGUUGUGGAGGACGUGUCGACACGGACGACGAAUUUCCUGUCUCGGUUUCGUCUACAUUUUAUAAUUUAUAUUGACAAAUUGAGCGAAGCUAAAUAAACGCGAUAGACAGGUUGAAAUGUGAAGGGAAUUUCAGUUAAGUAACGUUUCAACUUCCCGUUGUCACUGUGUUCUCGUCGGUGGUUGUCCAAGCUCUCCAUUUAUUGAACGUGGUUAAAAAUCUUCCCUAAUUGUUCGACCAGUGCUGCAUGAAAUCUCCAAUGCAAACGAUUGAUAUUUUUUAAUUGUCCGCAUUUCUUGCAUUAACACCAAACCAUGUCAUUCAGUCAGCAUUCUAAAAAGUCAGCUUGAGCACGUAAGUGCAGUUUUUAUGCCACCAGGCCCACAAGCGCACUGGUUCUUGUAACAAACCUCUUUUUUCAUUCACUCGUUACAAAUUUAAAUAAGCAGUGAUGACCCCUGUAUUUAUCUUUGGUUUGGUCUUCUUGGUGUCUCUUCUGGGAAUAACGGAGGACAAUAAGGAGUGAUUUUGUUAACAGUGUCCGCAUUUAGCAUUUUAGCUAAAUCUUUGAUUCUCCGACGAAAUACUCAAAUGCAUAUAAAAUAAUGUAGUAUUUAAGUAUGCAAAUUUAAUUCUGUUCUGUGCGUUUACUGUUCAGACUCUUGCAAAUGGCAUCAUGGGACUUCUUUUAAGCCAAAGCCGUAAAAGAUCGUCAAAUCUGGUAAGAUUUUCUCGAUAAACACUCUUAGACGUCUGACAGAGGAAAACAUAACCUAAAAUUCCGAAAGAGAAGACUUUUCCCCCGUCCCUCUCCAAGGCUUGGCCGGUUGGGAGGUACCCUGGGCGCAUCGAGACACCCUUCCCACGGCUGAAGACUGAGCCUAGCUCCUCCCCACUUGACCACCACCACCACAAAAAAAAAGUUGCAACAACAACAGGUGAGGCAAGCUAACGCAUUAGAAAGUGAAGUCCCUCCGAAAGUAUUGAUCGCCUCGUAGAAGAGGAGCAGCAUUAUCGGAGAAAACUGGAACUUGCACCGCCUUGAAACUUAUUGAAGUGGCAGAUACUGGAGAGAGCAAAGCAGAACGGCUGUUGUCGCUUUCGAAAAGACUCAACGAGACGAAACAAGUAAAUACGCGGCUGUGUAACAUGUCCCCUUCGGGCUAAAUACUUCCCUUCCGCUCCUCACCAUAUCUUUUAUCCAGAAUAAAAGGGUACUGUAUUCAAGUCCCCCAGAGAAAAAAAAUAUGUGCAGUAUCUCAUAACCCGGAGUAAGUAACUUCAUGUACUCGUGUCAUGGCGUUCUUCCUAACCAUUGGCGCGAAUUUAGAAUAUUUUGCCAAGUCCCACAAACCCGUCAAAACCUACAGAACUGAAAAUGGUAUUUUGACCUUUUAAUGACGUUUAGGUCUCCUUAUGCAGGCCUUAUUUUUCAAAUGCGGACGGAGAACCGGUCUAUGUCAAUCUAAAAAUAAACCGGUCCGUGCAAACGCCGUGACGUAGGCCUAGUGUGAGAGUUGCUAGCUCCAUGUUAUGGGCUCCUGAUAUAUGCCUAUUCAAAAGUGAACUUCGUGUUCUGAUUAACAUACCUGAGUCAUCUCUUCAGUAGACUUAAUAAUUUAUUGAUUUCAAUUUCAAUUUUUCUUUAGAUCCAUGCUAUUUGGUCGGUUAGCGUGGCAUGUAUUGUCUACGCCGCUAUUACAGUGCUGAGGUAUCAGCACUGGGAUGUCGAAUUACUGACGAUUCGUGCUCACGGUAGACGGAACUCAGACUACUUCCGCACAUUUGUAAAGAAAAACGUCGAGCCGAAGUACACUGAACAGGAAAAUGAUGCACUUGCUGUAUUUAGCAUCAUCAUUGUGUUGUCUGUCAUUGAAAUUAUCCUGGCUGCUGCUUUGGCAAAAGUCAGCGAUUCAAGCCACAAGGGGGCUCAACAGCCCACCAUCCCAAUGUACGCUAUGUACACCGUAAUUUUUAGGGAGUUAUUAUAACUCCAAAAAUGGAGUAAAAAUUUUAGGUACAGGAUAACCCCUUUUUUGGGGUUAUUUUAACUCCUAAUUUAACUCCGAAUUUGGGGUCAUUUUUACUCCUGAAAAAGAGUUCUUUUUACUCCCAGUCUUGGAGUUAAAAUUACUCCGAAAUGGGGUUACUUGUACUCCUUACAGGGGUUGUUUUCACUCUUUUUGGAGUUAAUUUAGCUCUGAAAGUGGAGUAAAAAUUUUAGGUACAGGAUAACUCCUUUUUUGGGGUUAUUUUAACUCCUCAAAAUCUGUGGUCACUUUUACUCCUGAAAAAGAGUUCUUUAAACUCCUUUUUGGAGUUAAAAUAACUCCACGAAAAAUAACUCCACUGUAAGGAGUUAAAUUAGCCCCACUAGAGGAGUUAUUAUAACUCCCUGAAAAUUACAGUGUACUAUCAGGUACGGCAAUAAUGCAUGGCAUUGUGAAAUGUAAUCAUACUAUGAAAAACACAUUCGUUUUUUUUUUGCGUCUAACUAUAAUUACACUUGCAUCAUAAAUGGGGGGAGGGGCAUAGAUAUUGCAUUCGCUUAAAUUAAAUCUUUGUAAGGUUUUGUUUAUAUGAGUAGGUCAAUUCAAUUUGCCCAGUUACAGCGGCCACAAUUACACUGACCUGGCAGCGGCAACUUGGAAGAAUUUCGAUCUGGCCUGUACCUGACGAAAUAUUGGAAGAAAAUGUAAACUUAUAGCUGUACAGUCAGCCUUGCUUUUUUCACUGUUUGUUCCCAAAACAUUUUGCUGACUAGAUCCAUUAGGAUCUGACAUCUUUGUUUUGUGCGUUGGCAUUUGCUAUUUCUUUACAACAUAUUCUUUUACUGCAUCGUAGAAUUUAACUUCGAAAUAUUAGCUCACGAUACUAUAUGUUUUGCAACCGCCUUUAUUUAGUAAUGUAUGGUUUUAAGUGAUUAAAAUUGCACAACGAAACGCAAACAGAAGAAGAAAUGAAAUCGUGAAGUAACUUUCUUCGUUUCUUUUCCUUCAGCAGCCAGUGGGCCAAGUCAGUGGACUCCCGGGACAAACCAGUGCAGACUUUGAGUCAGGCGUACGCCUAAUUCCUGCUCAGUAUAGACAACCUGCUUAA